AUGCGCUUAAUUCGCACGCAGCCCCCACUCGACCUAGAGGAGUUUUCGGAGAAUGAAGUCCCACCAUACGCGAUCCUAUCGCACAGAUGGGGCUCGGAGGAAGUCACAUUCGAGGAGAUGACCAACAAGGACGAAAGGAUAAAGCGAAAAGCGGGAUACCGCAAGAUCGAGCAGUUUUGCGCCCGUGUAGCGCGCGAUGGCUUCGAAUACGCAUGGGUCGACACCUGCGCUAUCAAUAAGGAUAGCAGCGCCGAGCUGUCGGAAGCGAUCAAUUCAAUGUUUGGCUGGUACCAGCGUGCCAAAGUGUGCUAUGCUUACCUGAGUGAUGCGGACGAAGGGACGAUAUCUCAAAGUCAAUGGUUCACGAGAGGAUGGACUCUUCAGGAACUUAUUGCUCCGCCGACUGUGCUUUUUCUUGCGAAGGAUUGGUCGGAGAUUGGGAAUAAAACGUGCUUAAGUGCUUUGAUUCAAGAGAUCACCGGCAUAGAUGAGGGCAUACUGCUUGGUUCUUCACGGCCUCAGGACUUCAGUAUUGCGAAACGAAUGUCCUGGGCCGCUGGAAGAAGGACCACGAGAACUGAAGAUGUUGCAUAUUGUCUCAUGGGGAUUUUCAAUGUCAACAUGCCGCUGCUGUAUGGGGAGGGUGAGCGAGCAUUUGCUCGAUUGCAGGAGGAAAUUAUGAAGGACUCGGAUGACCAGACGCUGUUUGCCUGGGAGAACGACGAUAUUUCAUUCGAGAGUCCUAGCGGCUUGUUGGCACGGUCACCUGCCGAUUUCAAACCAACGGGAGGUGUCGUGCCUUUCCACUUCUCCAAAGAUGCGGCUCCAUUCGCCUUGACUAACCGAGGUAUUCGAAUGCAUUUGCCUCUCAUACCACCGUAUGGGAAGCAGACCAUGGCGAUACUAGAAUGUCAGGACAGGUCUGGUCUUGUGGGACUUAUCCUGAUGUCCAUUGCUGACACGGAUAGACCAGAAAGCCAGUUUUGUAGGGUAUGUGGGGGACUUAAAUGGGACAUACCGCUAGAAGUUCUAUCAGGGUCUGUUCUCGACACCAUCUACGUGAUAAAGAGCUACACCGCUGGGCCAAUAGCUCUGCAAGAGGGAACAAACAGAUGGCGCACAUAUGGUAGCCGUGAUCGUGCCCGACAUCUAAGCAAAUAUGUGGUCCAGCCCCGAGGACACCACAAAAAUCUAAUUGUCUGCCUUGAUAGUGGAAAAGGGCGUUUCAGCGCCGAUUACAACGACUCAAGCAUGGCCAAGCUCCAUCGCAUGUUCGAUAGGGUUGAGAAUCACCAACUAUGCUAUUACCAAGUCUUGAAUCCCAAAGCUAAAUCUGAAAGCUACGUACUUGGUGCAUACAAGUUUUUGAUGACACACUUUGAACAUGACGAUCAGAUUUGUCUCUUUGGCUACGCUAACGGAGCAUUUGCUGUGCAGAGGCUGGCCUGUCUCAUUGAAUACAUGGGCAUUCUUUCUAUCACCCACGAAGACAUGGUCCUUAGAGCAUGGCAAACGUUCACGAGUUGGUACAAGCAGCCUGAAGAGACAAACGAAGGGAUAGGAAGUAAAGUUGUGUCAUCUAAGUAUAUGAAAGGGUUCCGGGAAACAUUCUGUCGUCCAACGGGGGGUAUCAGGUUUGUCGGUUUGGUGGACACGACUAGCCAUGCAGCCCAGGACAAUAAGAAAUUGCCUUCCAAAAUAUGCAUCCCCGCCCGUACUAUUCGGCAUGCUGUAUCUAUUGAUGAAAGACAGACAAUAUUCCGUCCAAUACUUGUUGAAAAUAUGCCCUUUUGUGAGGGUGGAGCUACGCAGGAUAUCGAGGAGGUUUGGUUUCCAGGUAGCCAUGAUGAUCUCGGUGGGCAAAUGCCUGUAGAGGCUGACGAACCUUGGCCGCUUAGCCUGGUCCCCCUCUUGUGGAUAGUCAGGGAGGCCACAAAAGCUGGGUUGUAUUUUGACCGAGAAAAGCAAACACGCUUCACAUGCAAUCCACUCCUCCACGCAGGCCACUCGUUCUCAGAUCAGCAUAAUCAGUCAGAGCCUAAAGAUCCUGAGCGACCCUGGCGGCAUGCUAGCCAGACCGGUCAUCUACAUAAUCCCUUAAGAUUCGGACAUGGAUGGCCAUGGGCAACUGUGUACAGACGAAGGCUUAGGGAAUACUUUCUUUCGACCCGUCUAGAUAGUCCCGUGUCCUUCCUCAGACCUUCAAUCAUGAAAGGAAGUCCUCGACCGAUCUCACCCGUUGCUCUCUUGCACGUUUCUGUGGUGCUAAGAAUCAAGGCCGAUUUAACCUACCGACCUCCGAACCUAAUCGACAAGCAGGCAAACCAAGACAAGGAAUUAGCCAAGUGGACUAUGCUAAGAGACGAGAAUGAGAAUGCGCGAGGAUAUUAUGUUCGGGCGAUUCCGCAUCGCCGUGUGGUUGAAGUGGACCGCGGAGAAAGUCAUUCAAGCUCUGCCGCGGCUCCUGAUAUCGACACUUUUAUAUUUACCAAAGUUGAUGGGCAGGCGGACUCAUAUAGAUUGAAGGGAUUAUAA